AUGUCGAUUAAUGUUAUUUCAGGGAAGCUUCCUACUCAUUACACGCUGCCUUCUGGGGACAAGAUACCAUCAGUUGCAUUAGGCGUUUGGCGUGCUGAUCCAGGUGAAGUAGGUGAAGCAGUCAAGACUGCGCUAAAGACCGGGUAUAGGCAUAUCGAUGGAGCUUGGAUUUACGGUAACGAAGCCGAAGUUGGUCAAGCUAUAAAAGACAGCGGUAUUCCUCGCAAAGACAUAUGGCUCACCUCAAAGCUGUGGAACUCGUUCCACGCCCCUCAAGAUGUUGAGGCCGCCCUCAAUGAAUCUCUCACCAAAUUGGGUACUGAUUACCUUGACUUAUACUUGAUCCACUGGCCUGUUGCAUUCAAAAAUAAUGGGAAGAAGAAUGAUGUCGACUUUGACCUCACCGAGAAUACCUAUGCCACAUGGCAGAAACUCGAAGAGAUGGUCGACAAAGGCAAAGUUAGGAACAUCGGACUCAGCAACUUCAAUAUAAGGCGAAUUCAGAAACUAGCCUCAAACCCGUUGAAGGUUAAGCCAGCCGUCAAUCAAGUGGAACUGAGCUAUUGGAACCCUCAGCCUGAGUUGCUUCAGUGGGCAAAAGACAACGACUUACUCCUUGAGGCUUAUUCUCCUCUUGGAAGCCAGGAGAAAGUAAAGGAGAGUCUGAAUAUACCCGAGGUUAAAGCCAUUGCAAAGGAGCUUGGUAUAACCCCGGCACAAGUAUAUAUUUCAUGGCACAUUCAGCGAGGCACUGUAGUGCUUCCGAAAAGCGUCCACCCAUCGCGUGUUCAAGAAAACUUCCAGGUAACUGUUUUACCGGACGAUGCAUUUCAGAGAAUCGAGAAGAUUGCUGCUAGUCAUGAACCUCACAGAAGUGUAAACCCCAAGUGGGGAGUUGACAUUUGGAACUAA